CAGCAGGGCAGAGACUCGUCUAGUGUUCCUUUCAUUAAGAUCCGGACGGCGGCGGUUCCGGCGCGUCGGGUGCGGCGCGCCGCGCUCGACUGUGGCGCGCGCGUCACCCACUGCUGCCGCCAGCGGCUCUACGUCAGCUUCCAGGAGCUCGGCUGGGACGACUGGAUCCUCUUCCCCAGCGGCUACUACGCCAACUACUGCCUGGGAAACUGCGCCAGCCGCACGCCCGACACUUUCCGCAACUUCCACACGCACGUGAUCGAGGGUUACCGGGUCGUGACAGGCGGUCACGGCCUCGACGGCUUCAAUCCGUGCUGCGCGCCCACGAAGCUGUCGCCCAUGUCGCUGCUCUACUUCGACGCCGACAAGAACAUCAUCAAGCGCGACCUGCCUAAGAUGGUGGUGGAGGAGUGCGGCUGCAUGUGAACGCGGCGCGACCCGCGCCUGUGAUAUUACACAUUAUC